AUUAUGUCUUAAGUGUAUAAUCCUUAUUUCAUGUGUACAUGAAUGUGUCUUCUCUAACCUUUACUUAUUAAAUAUCACUGUGUCUACAGGGAAGGAUGACCCACAGGAGAGGCUGGAUAGUAUCAGAGAUGCUGUCAAUAAGCUUCAUCCAGCCAUUGGAGGAGUCAUGAGAUAUUUGUUCAGAUUCCUAUACAAAGUGUCGCAGCACAGCAGUAAGACAAAGAUGAACACGGCAAACCUUGCCCUGGUAUUUGGCCCCACCCUCACUCGGGCUCCUGAAGAUGCAGACCCAAGAGUUCUUCACAAUGACGUCCCAGCCAUCAACGUACUGAUACAGCUCUGUAUUGAGCAGUACGAGUAUAUAUUUGGGGAGGAGUCAGAAGACGAGGGUUUGUCCUCUCCCCCUCCUCCCCCUCUGCCGAUUCUGGAGACGUCCUUCCUUGGAACGUCCCCUAAUGAUGUUUCUUAUCAUUACAACGAGGGGGCAGCCUCCCCUCCUCCCCCUCCUGACGAGGAACCAGCUCCUCCAUUUGAAGAAGAUGAUGAGGAGGAGGUGUGUGAGCUCCCUGUCAUUGAGCCGUCAGAGGAUCCUCAGGAACUCGAUACUGAAGAACCUUCUUUGGUUGAUCCUGACCUGCCACCACCUGCCACUGCUUCAGCGUCCAUUAUACCAUCGCCAACUGAACCGGUCACUACCAGCGUCACAGAGUUACCCGUCGAACCAGUCUCACCUCCCGUUGUACCAGGUACUGUAUCAGUAGCUCCGCCCAUCAUACCAGGGACUAUACCAGUAGCCCCACCCGUUGUACCAGGGUCUACACCAGUAGCCUCAGAGACUGCACCAGUAGCCCCACCCGUUGUACCAGGUACCGUACCAGUAGCUCCGCCCGUCAUACCAGGUACUGUACCAGUAGCCCCACCCGUCAUACCAGGUACUGUACCAGUAGCCCCACCAGUCGUACCAGGUACCAUACCAGUAGCCCCACCAGUCGUACCAGGUACCGUACCAGUAGCCCCACCAGUCGUACCAGGUACUGUACCAGUAGCUCCGCCCGUUGUACCAGGAUCUACACCAGUAGUAUCCGAGGUGGCUACAAGUGAAGAGUCUCAUAAGGUUGAGUCAGCAGUGGCUCCAGGUGGAUCAAAGGAUGAAUUAAAAGAGACGGCUCGUGAGAGUGUGGGUCUGUCCACACAAGUAUCAACAGUGAGUGUCAGUGGAGAUAUUUCAAUGUUGGAUCAGGCCCUCCAGGAUAUUGAGACCAGCAUUGAACAAAUGAAAGAGCGUCCUUCAAGCCGAGGAGGCACUCCUGUUGUUAUUGUUGAAGAUGAUGAAGAAGAUGAUUCAGAUGAAUCAGACACAGAAGAAGUCAUGACAAUCUCUGCUAAAGCACUUUACGACUAUAAGGCUCGGACAGAGAAGGAGCUGUCUUUCUCAAAAGGCGACAUGCUGGACGUCAUUGACAAAACUCAAGACGGGAACUGGUGGGACGGUUUCCAUGGUGGCAAGAGAGGAUACAUACCUGUUAAAUAUGUUGAGAUAUCUGAACUACCUCCGAUACCUGUUCCACCUCAAAGGAAGAGCAGUAUGAACACAGCAGCUGGGGGAAAAGAGGAGAGUGACUCUGGCCCAACCUCUCCCUCAUUACCGGCAGUGCAAGAGACUUCACCCGAGGCUACUACUCCUCAAGAAGGAGACACAACUCAAAGUGAUCAUCCUAAAACUGAAGUUAAGCCGGUUCUAGCUGAUACAAGUAAACCUGAAGCAGCUGCUUCCACAGGAGGAGGUUCCCCAAAGCAUGCUCCACCGGAAUCACCAAAGAGGAAGAAACCAACUGUCCCAGUAAAGACAGGUGCUGUUAGUAAGCUGACUCAGCAGUUUCAGCAGCCUCAGCAGCCUGCCCCGCCCCCUCCCUCUCAGAGAGUAUUAGUUGGUCCUCAUAAGACUCAUGUUCGUAAUCCUUCAGCUGAUAUGAACAAAGGUACUACUAGUGCACCCAGUGAAGGCGGGACUCCGGUUCCUCGUUCUAAUUCCUCAGGUUCCAAGCCUCCGGUGAAACCUCCGCUAGUAGCACCCAGGCCUACUAAACCAGACCCUCCCCCAGCAACAGUGUCUCCGUUUCCUUUGAUGUCACAUGACUCUCACACGUCGUCUCCGCUACAGAAAGCUCAUUUACAGGGUCAGGUAUCAAAGCCUCAGGCGACCCCUCCUCACCCUGCUCCUGUCAAGAAGGGCGGAGUUUUUAGGAGUUCGGGGAAAAGAGACAAACCUCCCUUGCCUUCUAAACCUCCGGCACCAGCCAAGCCCUCGGGCUCUGUCCAGUUACAGGCGGAACUAUCGGCUGCUGUCACAAGACGAAGUAAGAAGCCAGAGGAAGGGACUAGUUAAUUAUACCAGUAGUUAUUAAUAUUAUAAUCCUUUAUUAUUAAUACAGUUAUUAUUAUUAUCGUGUGUGUGUGUGUGUGUUAGUUAUCAGUGUUCAUAGUUUCAUAUGAUAUCUCUAAACUGUUUCUUUUUGCUGUCUUGUUGCUUACAUUACUAAUAAUUAUUAUUGUUAUUAUUAUACACAUGUAGCUUCAGCUCUUUUUUAAUAAAAUCAAUUGUUCAUGAAAAUUUUAACACAAAAUAAA